AUGCCUUCACUUCCACUAGACCAGAACAGCAAUCUCAACACCCCAGGAAGCAAUGACACUCCAGCACCCGACAACGGGGGAGAAAGUCAGAGUAGCAUAGGAAACCAGAGCUCUCCUUAUACCGAUGUCAUGAAUAUCGCAAGCGCCCCCGUACAGGCGUCUGCACAUCCCGGGUCUCGCGGACAAGAGAUAGUCUCGGUCCUGGCGAACUCCGAACUCACGGUUGAUCAGCAAUUGGAACACUUAGGAACCAUACGUCACCAUCCAAAUAUGCUCACUGAGGAUCGCCUAGCUAUACUUUUUCGGAUAACUCAUCUACUUGACUUAGCACUCAUAGCCUCAGGACAACGUUUAGCACAGCAAAGGGAUUCUGCACAAGCGGCUACAACACCGGCAGCUACUACACCAGCAACCACUACGCCAGCAACCACUACACCAACAACUACUGCACCAACAACUACUGCACCAGCAAAUACUGCACCAGCAACCACUACACCAGCAAAUAAUGCAUCGGAAAAUGCUGCACGCGCAACUACGACACCAACUACCCCACCGCAAAACACUUCACCAGUAGGUACUUCACCACCAAGUACUCCUACAUCGGGACAUAAUGCGGCCCCUCUCUUCAACAGAGACCAAAUACUCCAGCGUUUACAACUUCUUUGUGACCCAACAGCGUGUUCGACCUGCGACCAAGCCCGUCAAUUUUACAUGGCAUGUCUUGCCGAUAUGCCCACACCACCUGUUCUCUACGAUGUCACGUACGAUAAGCUUGUUAGACAUCUUCCGAUAUUCAAUUCCGAAAGGUCCUUAAACUCCUCCCGUAGCAGUAACUCAAAUAGGCGAAACCCCUCACCCGGACCCCACCCUUCACAAUUUCAAUACGAAGAAUUCGAUGGUAGGAGAGGAUAUACAUUCCCUCUCUUGGGCGACAGGGCCCUCGUCGGGACAAGACAAGCACGAGCGCUGGCUGGUCUUGACACAUAUGACUUGGACAUUGCGAUAACGCAGCGCAUAUUGAACUUUCCAGAAAGAUGGGGCUCUCUAGGCAUUUUCAUGCAAGAUGCUACUGCUGGCUCAACGACAGACUGGACGGAGGAGUACUUGGAGCGGUGA